CGUCAAAUCCAGACAAAGGUCUUCUUCUAACUUGACCCUCACUCACCAUAUAUGCCAUGCCGUAUAUAUCUUAAACAAAUCCACAAAACACACGCAACUUUUCCAAUUCCAUGAUUGAUUCUUUACUUUCCCUCUUAUUUAAAAAUGCCAAAACUGACAUGACAAAAUAAUCCAAACAUUCUAGCUACCUCCCUCCCUCCCUCCCUCAUGGACUCUAUCCUUCGAUCAUCAUCCUUUCACUUUUAUCCUCUUUUUCUCUCAUCUUUGCACUUCAACACCGUCAGACCCACUUCCACUUAUUGUUCUCAAUCUCACUCUAAUUCUAAUACAACAACUGAUUCAAACAAUUCCCAACAAAACCCAACUUGGGUUUCUUUCCCUUUGGCGCAAAUCAUCAAAAAGGUGGCAGCUUUCAAAAUCCAAAACAGGGUUUUCAAUGAAAACCAACAAGGUUGUUGUUACUUGCAAAAUGGAGGGUUAGGAGUAGCUUUAUUAAGUGUAACUGCUAAUGCUAAGGUUAAGAUUAGUCCUUUUGUGGCUACAUUGGCUUCAAACCCAACUUUUGUUUCUGGGUUGUUUGCUUGGUUUGUUGCACAAUCUAUUAAAGUUGUCUUGAAUUUCUUUGUGGAAAGGAAAUGGGAUUUGAGGUUAAUGUGUGCUUCUGGUGGGAUGCCUUCUUCUCAUUCUGCAUUAUGUACUGCUCUUACAACUUCUGUUGCUCUCUGUCAUGGUGUUGCUGAUUCACUUUUUCCUGUUUGUUUGGGGUUUAGUCUUAUUGUUAUGUAUGAUGCUAUUGGUGUUAGAAGACAUGCUGGCAUGCAAGCUCAGGUGCUUAAUAUGAUUCUAGCUGACAUGUUUCAAGGGCAUCCAAUUAGUGAAAGGAAACUGAAGGAACUUCUUGGUCACACACCAUCUCAAGUAUUUGCUGGUGCUCUGCUUGGAAUUUUAGUAGCCUGUUUCUGCUGUCAAGGUUGCAUUGUGAUGGGUUAGGUGAUUCUGUUCUGUAGCCAUUUUUUGAUCAAACUGUAUUGAAUAUUUAUAACAUGCAAUUUGCUCUGAUAACUCCUUCUGGUAUACGAAAUGGCGCACUUAAUCAGUGCACCGUAUUCAAAGACAAAUACUUCACAGCAUGAUUAGAAUGUAAAUGGGGAAAAAAUAUUCUACAG